AUGGAAGAAUCCCUCAUCCUCUCCAAAUUCGACAACCUCGUCCAAUCUGGCCUCGUUCAAUACGACGACAAACAACAAAUAAUCGAGCACAUUGACGGCGACCUCAAAUUCCAAUUUGUUCUCACUUCUGCUCUCGUUAAAAAGCCCACCCUCACCACCGCCCCAUCCCAACCCGACACUGACACCCAAACACCCGAAAAGCGACCAGGGAGCGACAUAAACACCACUGGAUUCGAACUUGGCGAGCUAGACAGUCAUCUAGUGAUUGUGAACAAGUUCUGCUUUGCGCGACCCCACCUGAUGCUUCUCACAUUUGACGGAUACAAACGACAAUAUGAGGCGCUUGACGAGGCCGAUCUGCGCGAUACAUGGCAGCUGCUGAACUCCACGGAGAGUGACUACGUUGCGUUUUACAACUGCGGCCCGGAUGGCGGAUGCAGUCGGCUGCAUAAACAUCUGCAGGUGAUGCCUUUGCCGGCGAACAGUUUUGCGGCAUUUCUGGAUUCCCCCGGAGAGCCUGAGACCAAGGUUCCAUUUCAGUGGUUUUAUCGACGCUUUGAGGAUGAUGUCACUCCCGCUGCGUUGUUCGAAAUUUACAAAGACCUGCUAGAGGAGGCUACGAAGGUGUCCGGGGACGAUGCAGCGAAUGCACCCCCUGGAGCAGUUUGUCCGCAUAAUGUGAUUUUUACUACGAGAUGGAUAAUUGUGCUACCUAGAACACGAGGCGCGAUUAAUAAGGAGGCUGGGGUGAAUUCAUUGGGAAUGCUCGGGGUGAUUGCUGUGGCUACGAAGAAGGAAAUUGAUACUUGGGUCAAGUUGGGUUUGACGGAAUCCCUGGCAGAGCUGGGAGUGCCCAAGGUGACCUAA